UUUUUUUUUUGCCAAAAGCCAGGCAGCAUGGACCUCAUUCUCCUGUGGGUGCUUCUACCACUGGUCACUGUGACCUGGGGCCAGUAUGGUGAUUACGGGUACCCGUACCAGCAGUACCACGACUACAGUGAUGAUGGCUGGGUGAAUCUGAACCGCCAGGGCUUCAGCUACCAGUGUCCCCAUGGGCAGGUGGUGGUGGCCAUAAGGAGCAUCUUCAACAAGAAGGAAGGCUCUGAUAGACAGUGGAACUACGCCUGCAUGCCCACACCUCCGAGCCUUGGACAGCCCACGGAGUGCUGGUGGGAUGAGAUCAACAGGGCUGGCAUGGAAUGGUACCAGACAUGCUCCAACAAUGGACUGGUGGCCGGGUUCCAGAGCCGCUACUUCGAGUCCGUGCUGGAUCGGGAGUGGCAAUUUUACUGCUGUCGCUACAGCAAGAGGUGCCCCUAUUCAUGCUGGCUAACAACAGAGUACCCAGGCCACUAUGGGGAAGAGAUGGACAUGAUUUCCUAUAACUAUGACUACUAUAUCCGAGGGGCAACAACCACUUUCUCUGCCGUGGAAAGGGAUCGCCAGUGGAAGUUCAUCAUGUGCCGAAUGACUGAUUACGACUGUGAAUUUGCAAAUGUUUAGGUUUGCCACCUAUGGAAUCUGGGUGAAGGGAACAGAGGCCAAGAGUCCUGACGGUGUCACACAUGUUAAUAUCCUUAGAACUCCUAUUAAGCUCUUACUGCUGCUCUCUUUUCUUGUCCCUGAGCUGCCAUGCCAGCUCCCUAGGCAUUUCUGACUAUCACACUCAUGAUGAAGCCCACAGCUAAACCAGGUUCUCACUUUCAGCACAUUCCACGGCAACCAUGUCAGAUGCCAGGCAGUGGCUUCUUUGCGUAGCACAUAUACAGUGUGCAUGCCCACAGCCUGCUCGGGAGCCCCUGCCGCGGCCUCACCACUGCUUUCACUAUAAACUGAACUUCAAGUUCAGUGUAUUGAACUUGGGAGGAAGGGAGAGAAGCAAAGAGGAGGGGGGAGGAAGAGGAAGAGCUUGAGAAGAGCUGUGAUGAAAGUUUUCCACACCUAAGUUUGUCUGACACCCAGGGUCCUCACUUGGAUGAGACUGCUUUCUGCCAUGCACCCCAUGCUACCUGUCCAUAGGAGCCACACAUAUACUUAGAAAUCUAAGCAAAGAUCUCAGGGCUCCAGGAGAAAGGGGGCUUGAAGGAAAAAUGGGGAGGUGGAAGGGUUUGAGGACAGAGCUGAAAGACUUCAGGUUGGAGGAUUUCCUCAAUUCAAAGACACAUGCCAGCAUACCCCCAAAUCAUAAUGAGUGAAGGAGGCCUGGAGUAAGUGUCUCAAGUAAGAUAAAACCAAAAGAAAGAUCAAAGGAUGGGACUCAGAUUAGGGACUAGGAGAGACGAGAAAUAGUGACCAACAGACGUGGAAACCGUCUUGAGUUACCAGAGGCUGAUAUAUACCUGGAAUUCUUAGCAGGCUGACAUAUGCCCUGAAGUUGUGGAAGAUAUGCUGGCAAACUCAUCUGGACCAGUCCUGAUGUUCUGGGUGGGAAAUGCUGCCCCAAAGGUCCACUUCCUUUCUGUGGGCAGCUCAGGUGGCACUAGUUUUCUUCCUCCUGUGACGUUUCUGCCCUAGCAGUUUGUAUCCUCUGCCUUACAAUUCAAAUAAAAGUACCAACAUCACUAA